GGACCGGGACGCAUGCAGGUCGAUGUGAGCAGAGCUGAGGUUAGAUCCUAUGGAGCAUUUUAGCUUAUAAACAGCCGCAGAAUAGGUCCGUGGAUAUUCACCCGAGUGAAGGAAUAAGAAAAUCCUUCCUAUCGAACAGCGUGACUGCGGCUACCUCAACUGCAUUGGCUCAGAAAUGACAUGCAGGAGUCCAAACAGGUACCAGGAGAGGUCUGACUGGACCGACAGCGGCUGAGGCUCACUGGUCUGCAGACUAUCCCGGUCUAAAAUGGACUGCAGCUUAGGCAUUAUCUGCAGACAUUGUCCGCUCCCAGUCUAGAUUAGUUACUGGUUUAUUUGUUGCGCCUUUGAUCAUGUUCAACAUGUUGCCUGGCAGCGAGGCUGCAGCAGGUCACAGGUUCACUGCUCCCAUAUUUUAGGAUGAUGUCUCCUGGCCAUACCUGCUCCGUCUCAUCCCUCCAUGCUUUCCCCCACCUCCGGUGAUCAAACACGUCUCCAGCUGUCUGAGACAUCCAAGGUCCUCGCCUCCAUCCCUCUUGUCUGGCUGACUGACUGACUUCCCAGAGGUGAUGCGUCGGUUUGUUUACUGCAAGGUGGUGUUGACCACCUCCUUAGUGUGGGUGCUGGUUGACGUGUUCUUGCUGCUGUACUUCAGCGAAUGCAACAAAUGUGAUGAGAGGAAAGAUCGCUCUCUACUCCCUGCCCUCCGAGCAGUGAUAUCUCGGAGCAACGAGGGUCCAGGCGAGAUGGGAAAAGCAGUAAACAUCCCAAAAGACGACCAGGAGAAGAUGAAGGAGCUUUUUAAGAUCAACCAGUUCAACCUGAUGGCCAGCGACAUGAUUGCCCUCAACAGGAGUCUACCAGAUGUCAGAUUGGAUGGCUGUAAGACCAAGAUGUACCCAGAUGACUUGCCCAACACCAGCAUUGUCAUCGUGUUUCAUAACGAGGCAUGGAGCACCCUGCUGCGGACCGUUCACAGUGUCAUCAAUCGCUCCCCGAGGCACCUACUAGUGGAGAUCGUCCUGGUGGAUGAUGCCAGUGAGCGAGACUUUUUAAAGGCAAAGCUGGAGACUUACGUUCAGACCCUAGAGGUGCCGGUGAAGAUUGUGAGGAUGGAGCAGCGCUCGGGUCUGAUCAGAGCCAGGCUGAGGGGGGCAGCCGUCACCACAGGCCAAGUCAUCACCUUCCUGGAUGCUCACUGCGAGUGUACAGUGGGCUGGCUGGAGCCCCUGCUGGCUCGUAUCAGAGAGGACAGAAAAGCAGUGGUGUGCCCCAUCAUAGACGUCAUCAGCGAUGAGACAUUUGAGUACAUGGCGGGUUCGGAUAUGACUUAUGGUGGGUUCAACUGGAAGCUGAACUUUCGGUGGUACCCAGUUCCCCAGCGGGAGAUGGAUCGACGUAAAGGAGACCGAACUCUUCCAGUCAGGACUCCCACAAUGGCAGGAGGGUUAUUCUCCAUAGACAAAACCUAUUUUGAAGAAAUUGGAAGCUAUGAUCCAGGGAUGGAUAUAUGGGGUGGAGAGAACCUGGAAAUGUCUUUCAGAAUCUGGCAAUGUGGCGGUUCCUUGGAAAUUGUAACAUGCUCACAUGUUGGGCACGUUUUCCGCAAGGCCACGCCAUACAGCUUUCCUGGAGGUACUGGCCAAGUUAUCAACAAGAACAACCGACGGCUGGCUGAAGUCUGGAUGGACGAAUUCAAAGACUUCUUUUACAUCAUCUCACCAGGUGUGAUGCGGGUGGACUAUGGAGACGUCUCCUCCCGCAAAGCUCUUAGAGAGGCCUUGAGGUGCAAACCAUUUUCCUGGUAUCUAGAGAACAUCUAUCCAGACUCCCAGAUCCCAAGAAGAUACUACUCAAUUGGUGAAAUCAGAAAUGUGGAGACAAACCAGUGUGUGGACAACAUGGGACGGAAGGAGAAUGAGAAAGUUGGCUUUUUCAACUGUCAUGGCAUGGGUGGCAACCAGGUCUUUUCAUAUACAGCGGAUAAAGAAAUCCGGACGGAUGACCUUUGUUUGGAUGUCUCCAGGCUUAACGGACCCGUCAAAAUGCUCAAGUGUCACCACAUGAAGGGAAACCAGAUGUUUGAGUACGACACCGAGCACCUCACACUGCUCCACGUUAAUAGCAACCAGUGUUUGGACAUGCCAUCUGAGGAGGACAAGAUGGCCCCCACCCUGAGAGACUGCAGCGGUAGCCGCUCCCAGCAGUGGCUGCUUCGUAACAUGACGCUGAGCAUCUGAUCCCUCAUCAUCAGUCCCACCUCUUCCUGCUUCUAACCUGUCCUCCAUCCAGACCCUCACCAGGUGGAUCUUAACAAUCUAUGCUUCCUCCUGCAGCUGCCUGGCCACCAGUCAUAAAGAAGCUGGAGCGCAGCUGAGGCUUAACUUUCUCUAUGGAGUCAUAUCCUGUUACAGCUGGCCUAAGGUUUAAGCAAAGCCCCACCUGCCUUUCUGACCUCACAAUAAGAUGCAGCUUUAGGUGGUGUACAGGCUGGGAGAAUAUUGCAUGGGGCCUGAGCAUACGGAACAUGGAAGCAUUUGCUUGUAGCUGCCGCUGUGCUGAAAGUUAAACAAGUAAACAGAAGAGCUGGUUAAAUAUUGAACUAUCCAAACAUAGUCUGUGGUGUUAUUGAGUGCAUCUAAUGGUGGUAAAAUCUUAGCACAGCUGGUUUGCUGUUCAUCGUUUUAUAUCAUCACUUUCUCCUUUGCCCAGAUAAAAAAUAAAAAAAGGUCCAGCCUUAGUUUGAUAGGAUGGAUUCAGUAAGAAAAUAUGGUGACCAAACACAAGGUACUAUUUUUAUUUAUUUAGGUUUCCUUUGGUAUUAAAAUAAAAAUGUUUGGUUAGAUUAAUUUCCUUUUCCAAAAACAGAAAGACAAACUUAUACAUUUUCCUUUUCCCCCUAGAUGCAUACCUCCCCCCAUUUGUCAGGUCUCGUCUGUAAACAUGGUUUUUCAUUUUAUAAAGCAUACAGAGAUAACAGCCCAUGAUCAGAUGGUGACCCAUGAAAUUGUUGCUAUGAAACACACAAUAUAGAGAAGGCAAUUCAAUAAAAAACUGAAAGAUAAGAGUUGUACCUCUUGUUAAAUCAGUCAAUACAUUUGAUUAACCUCAUUAUUUGGUUCAGCUUUGCUAAAACACUCAGGCCUGGUAUUAGUGAGGCUUAUAAGAAUCACUUAAAAGGAAUUAUGUACAGUAUGCAUAUGUGGAGAGAAGAAAAUUGUGAACCUUUCCAGGAUUGGCUAACAAUAUUACUCUAAAAGUGCCUCAGUUGGUUGUAAGGUACACAAAACAUCUGAAGCCCAGGAGAGUGCAUUUUAGUCAUGACAACCAUGGACAUGUUUUAAAGUAAAACAAUGGCUGGCCAAAAAAGAACACAAAUACCUGUUAAAAAAUGAGAUCAUGAAAAUCCCCCCCAUUUUUCUUUUUUGUGAUUUAACAAAUGGUGAGAAAGUCUUGGGAACAGAUUAGUACGGAGACCUUAACAGUCUGAACUGGCCAAAAUCUGAAGCAGCAGGGAAAGCAAGAUUGCCUAAUAGCUACUGUCAUAAGCCAUCCCCAUUUUUUCAUGAAAUAGCAUGAAUUUUGAGAACAUAUGCAAUGGUCAAUCUGUUUUUUUUUUGUUGUCAAUAUGUGACCAAACCAUUUGACAAGGUCCCCAUAAGCAAGGUCAAUCUCACUUUGUAACUGGUACUUCAUCAUCUAUAGUGUGGGGCAAAAAAAUGUUUUCUAGAAAAAUGAGAGUGGUCUACAAUAGAUAGAUACACUUUAACUGAAAGAGACAAAUAAUGAGGAAGAAUACCCAUAAACUGUAGGAGUUUUUAAGAAUCCAUUUGUAUAUUAUGGUGGAGAAUAAGUAUGUGGUUCAAAACAAAAGUUCAACUCAAUACUUUGUUGUAUAAUGUUUGUUGGCAAUGACAUGAUGUUUUUGGGCUUCUGCUGGGGAAUACCACUAAUCUCUAUUUAUUCACUGACUUGCUCAGUCAAUGUCUUCAAGUGGGUCCGAGAUAGCCAGACUAAUGUUACACUACAUACUAUACUAUAGGAUACAUUGGUGUAUGAAUUAUUUUUUUCUUGGUUAGUACAUCCAUUGACUGUAAAAUGACCUGUGAAACAUAUUUCCAAAGAGACAAAACUGCUUGCUUUUGCCACCAAAUGCUACACAGGUAGGCAUUUUUAUAGCUUGACUCCAUGAGAUUGGGUGUGCCAAGAUGGCGGCAGGUAACUUCCCUUUUUUGGGCUAUCAGCAAUCCAAUGAAUAAAGAUCAGUGGGGAACACAGACUUUUCUAUGGAUUUGAAGUCUGGAGUCCAGCUAGGGACUUCGUUAACAGAGUGGUGUGUUUGGGAUUAUCAUCAUCCUAGAAGACCCAGCUUUGUUCCAUUGUCAAUGCUCUCAUUGAUGGAAGGAGGGUUGGCUUAAAAAUCUCACAAUACAUGGCCCUGUUUAUUGCUUCUGUAAAGGUCCCGUUUUUUUAUGGCAAAAUUUAUAUUUUAAACAUUUUGUAACAGUCGUCUGGGUCCUGAAGUCUGUCAAUGAGGUUCAUAAAUGAAAAAACCCUUUCCCCUCUGUCACUAACUCGGUUGAUUUCUUCACAGCAACCUGCUCGCCUAUAGUAGAUUCAGUUCUCCCAGCCUGGUGCAGGUCUACAACGUUCUUCCUAGUGUCUUUUAACAGCCCUUCGAUCAUGGCCAUCCUUGAGUUCAGAUUCUGACUUGUUUGAGGCUAGGGGCAGGUGUAUUUUAUAUAAAUAUUUAAUGAAUUCUAACAGGCGCUGUUAAUCCAGGUAAAAAGUGAAAGACUGAAGUGUUUUCUAAAUAGGAAGUUACAGGUUUGAGAUGGCCAGAGAUCUUGCUUGUUUGCUGAUGAGCAAAUACCUAUUUUCCACCAUUAUUUUAAAUAACUUAAUUCAAAAUCCUGGAUUUUUUUUUUCUCAUUUGUGUCUCCUACUGUAGUAGGGAUGUACUUAUAAUGAAAACUUCAUCUCUGAUUUUUUAAGUAGGAUAGCUUGCACAAGCACUAGGGAUAUCCCGAGCUGAUAUAUAUAUAUAUAAAAUCGGUCCAAUAUCAAUGUAAUAUAUGUGAUAAAAAUUUUUAUGAUUUGUGCAGAUAUCGUAUCUGGUUGAUAUCUGUAUCGGUCAUUACCAAAGCUACAUCAGUAUCAUAUCGGACUGAAAAAGUUGUAUCAGGACAUUCUUACUAAAUACUUUUUUGCCCCACUGUUAUCUUUUACAGUGUGGCCUCAAAGACUCCUUUUUUGUCCAAAAAGACAUUUAAAAUAUACUUCUUUGCUGUAAGUUCAUAGUUUUGUGGCUCUAAAAUACAUUUCCCUUUUAGCAUCCUCACUCUAGAACAGAACCUGUGAAGUUUAUUAUGAUUCUAAUCGCAUAUUGCCUAAAUCAGCUGCUAAUCAGGCACCUCGAUCCAUAUUCAUGUUUAUAAACUUUACCCAACUAUUCCAUUCUAUUUCAAAAAAUUUAAAAGGCGGUUGAAUUUUUACAUAACUCUACCAUAAGAAAAACUUAAAAAAUUAAUUACUGUUGAUGCAUCUUCCUGAUGUCAUACUGUGGAAGGUAAAAAAAUAAAAAAUAAAAAAUCAACAAUUAUUCUCUUCGUCAGAAAAAUAAAGAAACAGAACAAAGUAUAAAAAACCUAUCCAGUUUGAAGGGUCAUUGAGAAGGAUUUUUAGUUUUUUUUGGAUAAUGCCCAUUUUGUUUAAUAUUUUGAAGUUAUUUUUUAGAUAAUUUUGUUAAGCAAGAAAAGAAAGAAAGAGAAAACAAUGAGCCUCAUCAUAGUAGAAUGAAUUUUGAAAGUAAUGUUUUUGGAGAUGUUUCUCAGAAGGAAUCAUGAGAAAUCAAACUACUGGAGCCAGAUGUUUAAUAAGUGUCUGUUUAUGCAAAGCUUGCUAUUUAAGCACGUUUUUGUUUUCACUUUUUUAUUUUCGAUAAAAUCCAUAUUAUAUGCAUAUGAACAACAGCCAUAUCUCAAAAAUGUUAACUAUCCCAUUCAUGAUUUAACAACAGAGUGUUACCCAUAGGAAUGUGAGAGAGACUUGAUUUGCACUGCUAUAAUGGAAUCAGGAAACAAAUGUAAAUAAUGCUGUGAACAUGUUUGUAUUACUGUUGAUGUUGUAAAUAAAGAACCAGUUAUUUUUCUAUGACACUGUACAUUUGAACACCCAUCAGUUACAAAGGUGAUUGAAAGAUAGAGAAAAAAAAAGAGAGGUACUAAAUGGAUGUUUCUAGAUUGUUGGUUUUGUAAUUGGUUUGGGUUUUGAUGCAGUGCCUUGCAAGAGUAUACACAUCCUUCAAAUAUUUUGAGGUAUUUUUGAGGGGUUUGACCAAGUAAAGUGAAAACAGUUCAGUCCUUUUACUGUUUCAUCUCUGAAUAAAAUCCACUGCUUGUUAUUUAAACUCUAUAUGAGUACAGCUAUUGUCUAAAGGCAUCUGAGAUUUGUAAAAACAGGAGAAAACAAACAGUAAAGUUUCAAACAAACUUUGGUAAACUAAUACUGAAGCCUGAAUACACGAUCCAGACGUCACUGUAGCGACAGUGGCAUCUGAUAAAGGGGUUUGGCCUGCAACCGGAGGGUUUUCGGUUCAGGCUGCGGCUUUCAGUGUCAUAGUGUCCUUGGGCAAGACACUUCACGUUUGAUCUAAUAAGCUGAAACAAUUGUUUACAUUGGAUAAACAUGGAGCAGCACUGGUGUGAGGGAUUAGAACAGAGAAAACAGCAGAACAUUAAAGCACACUUACUACAUCCUGGCCUCUAUACAUAUUGCUCUCCUGAUUUCUGUCCUGAUUUCUGUUGCACUGAUGACAUUAUCAAUGCUAGCUUAGCGUGAUGGAGUCACCAAACACACAGCAGUGGGAGGACAGAGGCCACGCAUCUUGCCCAUGGGGGAGUUAGACAUGUCUUUAUUGCCAUUGGGAAGGAAGCCAAAUGGCAAUUGUUAGCAGUUCGAAAAACCCAAGUUUACCCACUAAUUUCAGUGGGAAAGAGGCCUCUGUGUUGAAAUGCAAUGGAGUUAGAUUGUGUCCGUGGUGUACCUCACCUCACACUCAGUGACUGCUGCAGAUAAAAAGCCAGUUCCUUUACAACCCUACUAGAAUAAGCAGGUAGAAAUAUCAACCCUUUUCAUAUCAAUACUUUUGCAAGACACUGCAAUCAUCCCAAAUAACACAUUUGAGAAUACCCAAUGGACCUCAGGUAAGAGUACAGGAGAAAGUAAGUAACUAUUAAAGCUACUUGAAUUCUUGCAAUGUUUACUUUGAAUUUAAAGUAAAUGUUGAUGACCUCUUACAUGGUUUAGUCGACUGUCAUUCUAUGUAAGUGCUCAUAAUAAAAAGUGAAAUAUUGUGUUUUGUGUGCAGGCUGUAAAUUGAUGUUUCCUCUUUGUAUGUUUUGCCUUUUUGUUAAAGAAUAAAGACUGAAUAUAAAAGUUUCCUCAAAA